AAUGGUGUGUGUAGCAAUGUGUUUGAAAUUGGCUACAAUGAAAAUCUGAAAUUCCAUGCACACCCUCUUUGUUCUCCCUUCUUUCUUCCAGUGCCUUUAUUUGCUUGAAAUCAUGGGUCAGCUGUUCUCUUCACCUAAGAGUGAGCACGAAGAUUUGGCCUCCACCUUUACUGAAUAUUUUAAGAAAUUUAAGACGGGAAACAAAAUCAUUUCUCAGGAUAUCAUCACUUUGGUUGAAUUAAGCAUGGCAAAAGGGAACAUUCAGGAGGCAAACUCUGCAAUCAGGAAUGCAUUAAAAGAAAUCGAUAGUACCCCACUCAAUGUUGCUGUCACCGGGGAGAGUGGAUCAGGGAAGUCCAGCUUCAUCAACACCCUGAGAGGUGUUAGGCCUGAUGAGAAAGGUGCAGCUCAAACUGGGGUGGUAGAGACAACCAUGGAAAGACAUCCAUACAAACACCCCAAUAUGCCCAAUGUGGUUUUUUGGGACCUGCCUGGGAUUGGAAGCACAAAGUUCCCACCAAACACUUACCUGGAGAAAAUGAAGUUUUAUGAGUACGACUUCUUCAUUAUUAUUUCGGCCACACGCUUCAAGAAAAACGAUAUAGACCUUGCCAAAGCAAUCAGCAUGAUGAAAAAGGAAUUCUACUUUGUGAGAACCAAGGUGGAUUCUGACAUAUCAAACGAAGCAGACGGCAAACCUCAAACCUUUGACAGAGAAAAGGUCCUGCAGGACAUCCGCCUUAACUGUGUGAACACCUUUAGGGAGAACGGCAUUGCUGAGCCACCGAUCUUCCUGGUCUCUAACAAAAAUGUUUGUGACUUUGACUUCCCUGUCCUGAUGGACAAGCUGAUAAGUGACCUCCCUGUCUACAAGAGACACAAUUUUAUGCUCUCCUUACCCAAUAUCACAGAAUCAGCCAUUGAAAAGAAGCGGCAAUUUUUGAAGCAGAGGAUUUGGCUGGAAGGCUUUGCUGCUGACGUAAUGAAUAUCAUCCCUACACUGACCUUUCUCUUGGACAGUGAUUUGGAGACUCUGAAGAAAAGCAUGAAGUUCUACCGCACUGUGUUUGGAGUGGAUGAAGCAUCUUUGCAGAGUUUGGCUAGGGCCUGGAAAAUACCAGUGGAUCAGGUGGAGGCCAUGAUGAAAUCUCCUGCCGUGUUCAAACCUACAGAUGAAGAAACAAUACAAGAAAGGCUUUCAAGAUAUGCUCAGGAGUUUUGUUUGGCUAAUGGGUUCUUAGUUACUAAAAAUCAUUCUCUUAGAGUAAUAUUUUACCUGAAAUAUUAUUUCCUUGACAUGGUGACUGAGGAUGCUAAAACUCUUCUCAAAGAGAUAUGUUUAAGAAACAAGUUGCUUUCUAAUUAGGCUGAAGUCCUGUGACUGUCAAGAUAUUAGAAUCAAUGACAGAGAAACAGGACACUGAUACUGUACAACAAUAUACUGGGUUUACCCAGGUUAUUCAUGCUUUAUCUAUAUUUAGUGAUUAUGUAUCCACAUUAGCUAGAGCAAGGGGAUCAGAUAUGUAUACAUAAAGUGAUAGUUAAAAACUACCCCCCCCCCAGUUUGAGUAAACUCUCAGAUCAAGUAAUUUUACUUAUAUUUUAAUUUGUUUAAUAUAAAUCAACAUCCAUGUUCAGGGUUAGCAUUGUGGUGUUUAGUAUUGUCAACUUGACAGACUCUAGGGACACGUGAAAGAUGAGCCUGGGGGGCUUGCAUUUGGGAAAUUAUUUUGCUUAUGCUUAUUGAUGUAGGAAACCCUUUCCACUCUGGGUAGCAUCAUUACCUAGCUAGAAAUCGUCAACUGUGUAUAUGGAGAGAGGGACUAAACAGCAGCAUGUUUCCACUCCUUCAUAGCUAUUCGGUUAUUUUUGUUGUGGUGGUUUGGUUUGGUUUGGUUUGGUUUGGUUUUUUGUUCUUUUCUUAACUUUAGAUGGAGUGAAACUAGCUGCCUCUAGAUAAUGCUGAGACGUCUUGAUAAUGACCUAUAUAAGUUUAAACUUUAUACUGAAGACUCUCUUGGUAGAGAUAUUAAAGGAGAAACCAUAACUGGGCUAGAGAGAUGACUCAGUAGAUAAAGUAGACCUUGCAAGUCUGAAGACCUGAGUUCAGAUUCCCAGAACCCACAUAAAGCCAGCUAAGCAUCUGUGAUCCAUGCACGUCUAUGGUGAGAUGGGAGUCAGAAUGAGAAAAAUUUUGGAAGAUUGUGGGGCCAGCUAUCCUGCCACAUACAGCAGUAAAUAAGAGGCCCUGACUCAAGCAAGUGGAAUGUAAAAGCCAACACGAAAGCUUGUUCUCUGAUCUCUGCAUACAUGCCAUGUCAUGUUCAUGCCUGAUAUCACACAUGGAAAAGCACACACAAAAAAAGUUUUUUUCAUUAAAAAAAAAAAAAGAAGAAGAAGGAAGAUUUAGGGCAAUAGCUCAGUGGUAUAAUACCUGCCUCAUGCUCAUGAGGCCUCAUGUUCUUUCCCUAGAACUCCAGAAAAAGGCUAAAAUGGGGUGGGCAUGUACAAGGAUGUCUUUGAGGUUAAGAGAGAUGGCUCAGAGGCUAAGAAUGCUGGCUGCUCUUGCAAAAGACCAGGAUUUAACUGCCAGAACCCACACAGUUGCUCACAGCUACCUGCAACUCCUGUCUCAGGGGAUCUGAUUUCAUCUCCUCACCUCCACAGGGACCAGGCACACAUUUAUGUGGUAAACAGACAUACAUGUAAGGCAAACAUACAAUAAAAGUAAAUUAAGAAAAAAUUUAAAUAUGUAACUAAUUUAAAAAGGGAAAGAGGAGCAAUAACCUAGAGAUCAGAGUAACCACAAUAAUGACUAAGAAUUUCCAAAAAUCCUAUCUAGUCAAAAUCCUUGAGAAAAUACUAAAGAAGCUUUCUAAUUCUAUGCCAGAAUGAGGGGAGAUUAUGAAAUUUCUCUGCUUUAUAUGGUUUUUGAAUGCUGUGACAGUAAAGGGCUGCUCUAUUCCACAUGAAUACCAAAAGUCAUUUAAUAAAUUCUUUAUGAAAAAAAGAUAUGUGUUGCUCCUUGACAUCCCAAGAACCCAUCAUAGCUUCCUCAGUAUUACUGUAAGGUGCUGAUUGUCUCAUUUCACAUUCCCUAGUCUGUAUCUUAUCUUCCUUGAAAUGAAAUACAAAUAAACAGUGACCUAGUCGGCCA